UUAGGUUAAGUUAGGAUGACGUACAGGCCGAAUACUUGUAUGACAUAGUGCACUUAACGUGCGAUAUGGUCCGAUGUGUCACAUUGACACACGUUCGCUAACAUGUUCUUUCAUACUAUUUGUUUAACAGCAUAUUGAUUUACGCGUCUCUGCUGACCAUGGAUUACACCUUUGAGAAUUUACGCGACACACCUUCCCCUGAAACAUGCAUUCCAUUUCCCCGGAACAAUAGAACAAUCAUCACAGAUGUUUAUGCAGGAAUACCUGAGAAUUUAUUACUUAAUGUAAUAGGAUUUUUGCUUUUAGUUAGUUUAUUUGGCCUAUUACGUAAGAAGGCAUGGAACUAUGGACGUCUUGCAUUAUUACACAAGUCCGAUAAUAGAUGGAUGGAGUUAUUCUAUGGUGUUAAUGAGAAUAGAGACACUGAUCCUUUGUGUAUAGAAGCUUCUGUUGAUGCUCAAUUCUCUCAAUUGGAUAAAGGAUUUCUAUCCUGGAUUGUCACUGCUUUUAAAAUUACUGACAAUGAAUUAUUACAACGUGCAGGUCCUGAUGGGUUAUUAUAUAUUUUGUUUGAGCGUUGCUUAAUCAUAUUGACCAGUAUGAUGGUUAUUGUGUCACUGUGUAUAGCUUUACCAAUAAAUUUUCACGGAAAUAUGCAAGGGGAUAGUGCGACAUUCAGUCAUACAACAUUAUCAAAUUUAGAACCUACUUCUUCUUGGAUUUGGGUUCAUACAAUAUUGAUCUUAUCUUAUUUGCCAGUUGGUGGGUUAGUCAUGAGACGCUGUUUGAAGCAGGUACGGGAUACCAGACCUACUGGUGAAUUAGCAGCAAGAACAUUAUUAAUUACAGAUAUUCCAAAACAUCAAUGCACCAUUGAAAAUCUUACUGAAUAUUUCAAAGAAGCAUUUCCUACUUUAACAGUGGAAGAUAUUACUUUGGCUCAUGAUAUAAGACGUCUUUCAAAGUUGGAUGCGGAAAGAGACUGUGCGGAACAAGCGCGUUUAUAUUGCGAGAAUUAUGCUAAGAAAAAAGAACCUUUGAAAAUGUAUCCUUAUCCGUGUGGUCAAGUCCUUGGACAUUGUUGUAAAAAGCAAGUAGAUGCUCAAGAGUUCUACACCAAUGAAGAGAUACGACUAACGGCAUUAGUUGAAGAAGAAAAAAAGGUAGCACUCAGUAAACCUCUUGGAGUAGCUUUUGUUACUUUAGGAACACCUGGCGCGGCCAAAACUAUGCGUAAACAGCUGAGAUCUGCACCAUCUCCAAAAUGGAUUGUAGAUUACGCACCAACACCGUCAGAUAUAUUUUGGGAGAAUUUGAGUAUUGCUAGGCCGUGCUGGUAUCUAAACGCUGUACUAAUAAAUUUCGCUCUGGGACUUAUAUUAUUUUUCCUUACUACACCGGCUGUUAUAGUAACAGCUGUUAAUAAAUUACCAAUUACUGGAGAAAUUAGGAAUCUGAGCCCGAUAGUUUCAUCCUUCUUGCCUACCGUAUUAUUGAUAAGUGUAGCUGCACUAAUGCCUGUAUUGGUUGCAAGAAGUGAAUCGCUCGUUAGGCAUUGGACUAGAAGCAGUUUAAAUCGUGCUGUAAUGAGGAAAACGUUGCUUCUCCUGCUAUUGAUGGUGCUUAUAUUACCUAGUUUAGGAUUAACUAGUGCUCAAGCAUUUCUUGAUUGGACAGUAAAUGCUCGGAAUAAUACAGCAAGAUGGGAAUGCGUGUUUUUGCCAGAUCAGGGUGCACUUUUUGUAAAUUACGUUAUAACAGCGGCUUUACUUGGAAGCGGAUUGGAAUUGGUCAGAUUUCCAGAACUUGCGUUGUACACCUUCAGACUGUGCAUGGCUCGUAGCAGGGCAGAAAGGAUACAUGUUAGGAAAGCGGUGUUGUGGGAAUUUCCACUGGGAGCUCAUUACGCGUGGUUAUUAUUAGUCUUCACUAUGACGACCGUGUACAGCCUAGCGUGUCCUUUGAUCACUCCUUUUGGCUUACUAUAUCUCGUAGUUAAACACUUGGUGGAUAGGCAUAAUUUAUGCUUCGCUUAUGGACCAAGCAUCGGCGGUGGCCAAUUGGCGGGAGCAGCGGUCGGUGCCGCAGGAGCCGCACCUGUUUUAGCGCAAGCUGCUCUUUUAGCCAUAGGUCUGGUAAGAAGAGGUCUAUCACCAUUAGCUGCAGUGCAGCUCAGUGGCCUCGCUGCGAGUAUUUUAGGCUUGGUGACUGGUGCUGCGUUACCAUUUUCGAAAUCUAAGGCACAAGCACCGAAGAGAGAUCUCUCGACGGGCCAAAAUUUCGUCGCACCAGUAUUGAGAAAAAAUCAGUUGUCUAUAGAGGAAACUAUAUCGACUGCUUCAGAUUCGAACUUACCAAGCCCAAGGAGCACCACUUCCACUUUACAAGAAAGCCCAAAGCUUUACCAAAACUAUGGCAAUGAACAAAGAGUUUAAUAACUGUGUUUGUAAUACUCUGUCUGAUAUUCGGAUAUAAAAUAUUCCAUAAACUUAUUUAACAAAUUUGUUUUAAUCAUUAAUAUUAAACGAUUGUGCAAUUGGCAGAAAUUGUAUAAAUAAUGUACAUUUCUUACACGAAAUUGUUACAUGUCAUAAUACAAAGUAGAGCAAUUUAAGAGAAAAA